ACGUCAAAUGGCGCAAACUUGAUUGAAGCCGUCUUUUGUGAUGAACUUUUUCUUCCUAAAAAAGGGUUCGUGAGAUAAUCCAACGAAAUCUUUGUCCGUAUUUGCCACCAUUGUACCCAACAUUCAAUCUAUAUAUAAGCAUUCAACAAUCUUCAGAGAGGGUCUUCCUUCCAUCCUUCACACUCUUUUUCCUCUCUCUCUUCAUUUUUCUGGAUCCACAAGCACUCUCAGAUCUCAAUCGCCGCCCUUCUCCUCCAUCUUAAAUUCCAUUGGAUUCUGACCCACUUCCCCAAUUCGCCUAUACAAGUUUCUCUAUAUAUUUAUAAACCAUGUGGAGGUUCAAGCCUUUCAUGCACAAAGAACCAUCUGGUCUUGAGGGUCGCUCGAUUGACGUUGGCAAUCUUAAGAUUCAUGUUAGAAACGUCAUUGCGGAAGGCGGAUUCUCUUGUGUGUACUUGGCCAAGGAUGCUAUACAUGUUUCGAAACAGUAUGCUUUGAAGCACAUUAUAUGCAAUGAUGUGGAAUCUCUUGAAUUGGCGUUGAAGGAGAUUUCUGUAAUGAAAUCACUCCGAGGCCACCCGAAUGUUGUUACACUUUAUGCCCAUACGAUCGUAGAUAUGGGACGCACAAAGGAAGUUUUAAUUGUGAUGGAAUUUUGUGAGAAGUCUUUGGUUAAUGUCUUGGAGAGUAGAGGAGCUGAAUACUUUGAUGAAACUCAAGUUCUCUUCAUUUUCCGAGACGUGUGCAAUGCAGUAUUCGCAAUGCAUUGUCGUUCCCCGCCAAUUGCUCACAGAGAUUUGAAAGCUGAAAAUCUUUUGUUAGGCUCAGAUGGCCACUGGAAAUUAUGUGAUUUCGGAAGCACUUCUACGAAUCACAAGCGCUUCGAGAAGCCCGAGGAAAUGGGCAUUGAAGAAGAUAACAUCAGGAAGCAUACUACACCUGCCUAUAGAGCCCCUGAGAUGUGGGAUCUAUUCCGUAGAGAACUUAUAAAUGAGAAAGUUGACAUAUGGGCUCUCGGGUGUCUUCUCUUCCGCAUAUGUUACUUCAAAAGUGCUUUUGAUGGAGAAUCGAAACUUCAAAUUUUAAAUGGGAACUAUCGAAUUCUGGAGUUACCGAAAUAUAGCUCAUCUAUUACAGACCUAAUCAAAGAUAUGCUCCAAGCGUCACCAAAUGACAGACCAGACAUCACGCAGGUCUGGUUUCGUGUUAACAACCAGCUACCUGUUCGAUCACGAAAGUCAUUACCUGAUCAGCCACCUGACAUGCAGUCUUCAGAGAAACAGGAAGCAGGCGCUUUGAACCUUAUGAACAAGUCUCCUAUGCCUCGUAGAAGUCCGCCCCCACCUCCAUCAGUUAAAAGUUCAUCACAGGCAGCGCAUGCGCCGAAGGCCACAGGCGGAGGGGGAGGGGGAGUUGGAGGAGGACCGCUGGGUGCUUUCUGGUCUACUCAACACGCCAAUGAAACGACUAACAAAGAUACAAGCCAAAUUAGGUUCGACGAAGAAUCAACCUCUCAUAGUACAUCGAAACGUGAGAAGACUAAUCCAAAUAAUCAUUCUGCGGUUAAGAAUGCUAGUUCUGGGAAUAGCAACCAAAAGUCAAAUAAGGCAGUGACUGAUAGUGGUUCAUUCAGAGACUUUGAAUUAUCGUUUUUCCAGAACGAAACAGGAUGUAGCUCUAAUGGAGCGAAAGCAUCAAAACCCGAGAAUGCCGCUUCCCAAGACAAAGCUUUUAACAAUUUUGUUGCUGAGUUUGAUACCUCUAAGUUCAGCUCAGGUGUCACUAACAACAGACCAGGAAAGGAAGUAGCAGCAUCAGAGGCUGAGGUGGAGAAGUUGAAGGAGCAACUGAAGCAAGCAAACAUGGAGAAAGCUGAAAUCACAUCCAAAUUUGAAAAGCUGUCUGCCAUCUGCCGGUCUCAAAGGCAAGAGAUACAGGAGCUCAAGCAAUCACUUGCUGCUAGGAACAUUCAGCCUUCUGCUGUACCUCGAGUACAGAAGGCCGAUUCGAAUACUCGAACCCCCGAUGCAAAGCCAUGGCAGGCCUUUGCAGGAGAAUCCCCAAUCCAGCAGCCUGAUACGCCUGAAAAGGGUGUCAAAUCUGUGAGGAUUAGGCAGGCUUCUACAGAAGGCACUGGUUUCGAAAGCUGGGGCUUUGGAUACGAGAGUUUUACAGCCGUGUCUGCUGGAAGCUCCAACGCAUCCAGAUUAACUGGUGAAAGGUCUAGUUCACAAAGAACUGAUAGAGCUUCACAACCUGCUGGAUGGGCGGGUUUCUAGUUCCUCUGGCCAUGCUGAACGUGAUCUUUGAGUGCUGUUCUUCAUUUCUUUGUUUAUUUAUGUUUGAAGCCGAAUAGAUGAAAUCAAAACUUUACUUGCAUCUUUUGAAUUUAACUAUGUUUGGAGGUGACUUAAAUAAUUAAUAUGAUCGAGUCUCGAAUCCCAUUAAGAUCA